AUUUGUUAACAGAGCGAAACAGAGUUUAAAAAUUGUUGGCAUUAUUUUGCUAGAAAAGCAAUUUUGUUCAACAGGAACAGAAUUUAGCUACCCAAGUCCUAAUCUUUAUCGAAAUAUACACCUCGGAAAAGUCCAAGACGACGAAUACAACUGAGGCGUCGUGGCCUGCCAUGAACAAGCCGUGAAGUGAAGAUGAAGUGAAUCCCUUCUAGGUUAGCGGCUGCGAAGUUAGGCAAAGACGCAGUUCGCAGACAAUAACAAUUUUCAAACGGUUUCCAAAAGUGAUAGUAGCAAUAUUGUACCUCACGUUAGCCUAUCGGUAAUAACCGGUGCGAUGGAAGACGAAAGUUCAUCCAAAGGCGAUGGGAGUGUUCCGGACGAUGCCUCUCCGCCGAAGAAAUCACGGGUCGUCGAGCAAAUGCCGGAGCUCCCUGGAACCUCGCAAAGCCCUUCUACAAGUAGUUCGCACAAGAACGAACUGGUAGCGAAACAAAACAGUGACCAAGAUCCUAGCAAUGGUGGAAACGAAGCAGAGGCCUCUCCGUCGUCAACCGCAACGACACCAGUGGCCCCAAAUGGCCACCAACAUGUGGUAGCUACAGCACCAUUGAGCACCGAAUCCAACAGUGACGCAUCCGACAGAAGUCCUGCUGGGGAUUCCUCAACGAGUGAAACUAGCGAGAAGCAUCAGAACUUGAAUUCGUUGCAGCGUCUCUGGGCAAGCCGAAGAAAGCAAAGCCUAAAUUUGGAUCGGAACGACGACGGAGGCAGCAGCACUUCGCGGAUAAACGAUGUUCUGGAAUAUUUUUCCCGAGACGUACCCGAUUUGCUACGGGGAUCUGAUCACGAAGACGAGGAUGAUGAUGACACUGAAGAUGGAGAUGAUCUCAUUCCAGCCGAAGAGAUCCUCGGAGACCGAUUGCUACUAGAUUCCGACGAAAGUUCCGGAGACGAUUCCGACCACUCGUCUUCCUCAUCUUCGUUCUCAGCAUCUUCUUCAUCUUCUUUCCUGCAGGAGGGAGCUCGGUCCGCCAGUUCGGGGUCGCGGCGUUCCAGCGAAUCGAUGGAUGAGGACAUUGCGACUCGUAACGCUAAGCUUGAAGAUGAAAUUAUGGCAAGUUUGCAAACAGCUAAAAUGAAGAGCAAGUGGAAUGUGUUGCGAGAUUUGGAGCAACGCCAGCGCUUUGGGACCGCAGCUGCGGGAGUGCCAGGAACGAGCCGGUACUGCAGAGCAAACAGCAUGUUCACGAAGCGUGCUUACGGCUCCUUGGACCUUGUACAACGUCUCCAACUGUCGCACUAUUUGCGGGGUCAUGAAGGUUGUGUCAACAGCUUAAACUUUAACGCUACCGGAACUAUGCUUGCGAGUGGUUCGGAUGAUCUGCAAAUCAACCUAUGGAGCUGGCACACCAACAAGCUGCUGAAAUCGAUCACUACCGGCCACCAGCUGAACGUUUUCCAAACAAAGUUCAUUGAGUACGGUGGUUACGGGAGUGAGAUUGAGAUAAUUUCGACUGGUCGCGAUGGUCACGUGCGCCACACACGAGUCGAUCCGUCCGGCGGCUCAAACACUCAGCUGCUGUAUCGUUGCCACCAAGCAAUCCACAAAGUAGCUAUCCCUGCGAGCAACGAGUGCGCGUUCCUGACGGCCGGCGAGGAUGGCAAGGUUCGAAUGUACGAUUUGCGUCAUGGCACGGUGGAUACGCUGCUGAAUCUGCGGUUGCGCCUGUUCAGCAUCGCUACUCAUCCGUUUGAUCCGCACUUCUGCGUUUCCGGUAAUGACGGUUUGGUCAGGAUGUACGAUCAGCGUCAUGUACGUCGUCCCAUCAAGCAGUUUACAUCACUUCAGCUACCAAAAAACUGUAGAAGCAAGAACUCGUUUGUGAGCAUCACGUCCGCAGUAUACAAUCAUCUCGGAACGGAAGUUCUGGCCAGUUACAGUGAGGAUGCCGUCUACCUGUUUGACAAUACGACCAUGGAUGCGGUGGUGAAGCCGGCGGCUCGCUAUGGAGGACAUUGUAACAUUCAGACCAUUAAGGGUGUGAAUUUCUUCGGUCAACGGUCGGAGUAUGUUGUAAGUGGCAGCGAUUGCGGCCACAUUUUCUUCUGGGACAAGAAAACACAAAACAUCGUUAAUUGGCUGCGCAGUGGGAAGCACGAUGUAAUCAACUGUCUCGAGCCUCACCCAGAGUACCCAAUCCUGGCCACCUCUGGGCUGUCGCACGUCGUGAAGAUGUGGGUCCCGAAGGGAGUGAAUGAUGAGCAGACAGUGCCACUGUGGGAACCCAAAGACCUGCGACGAAACGUGCGCGAAAACUUCGCUUCCAGCAAGGUGAAUUGGCAGCAUUUUCGCCGCACUGGCUUCACCCGUAACAUGAUGACCACGGCGUUCCAACGCCGAGGAGCCAUCCGCCGUCCGCACGCCAGGGGAAACGAUGCCGCUGUCGCAUAUGAUGUGGUCGAGAACGACAACGACAGUGAUAGCGAUAGUAGUGAUGAUGGGGCCGAGCCGAAUGAUCUUGUCUCGUUUUUACACUGCAGACCCUCGUAAGGUCCCCAGGGCCAAUGAAGGGAAAGCAGGCACUACUAUUUCCCGACCCAAACAAAUGCGUUGACGUAUGUUGACGUCCUUGUUUUUGUUAUCCCCCACUUUCGUCCACCAUUUCCAACAAAAUCCACCAUUUUCUUACGUUAAAGAAGAUCUUGGGGAACAUUUCGAUACAUGAAUAUAUGAAUCUGCAUAAUUUUCCUUCAACAACUUGCAUUAUGCACGAGCAAAGGCAAUACCUGCAACUUUCGAUUCGUUGCUUUCAUACAAAAA